UGAAUAGAUGAAUACCUACCCUAGGUAGUAGAAUAAAUGGAGCCGCGAAUACGUCAUUUGAUAGCUCCAGUCAACGUCAACCAUCAUUCGUUUAUACCAUGGUACAACCUUGGAAGAUGCACAACAUCUAGCCGCUUUUUCUCUUUUUUAUUGCAUGUCUUUUUAUUUGAUUUUUUCCAGGAUCAAUUCGAACCAUCACCACCUGAUUGAAUCAUACUCGAUCAUAAGAAAUUAACAAACUUACAUAACCAUCAACAUCCUCAGACCAAAUUAUUCAUACGUACUUAUCUAGUACACUUCUCUUCAACAUUCAUACAAGAUGUCAUACGCUGCUGCUGCUGCGUCUGGCCCAAAGCAAACGCCCGAAGAGGCCGCAGCACCCCAACCUCCAGAGAUCGUAUCCUCCGAGUCUGCAAGCACCUCAUCCCUAGUCGACGUUGAUACCCCUUCCGUUCGCACUGUGCCCUCCGACUUCAUGGAGCAAGAUGUUCAAACAGAUACCCAGGCCGACCGCCACGACAGAGAGGAUGCAGCUGAGCGUGCUCGCGCGGAGGCCUACCUCGCGCGAAAGGAGGGUUCUGGACGAGCGCGAAAGGCCGACAGCUUCCUCACUCAGUGGUUCAGCAAUUUGAGCGAUGGGGCCAGCACCGCGCUAGUCGUUGGUAACUUGACUGCCGUCAUCGGACUGAGCACAUACCUAGGCUAUAAGGCGUGGGGUCUUUAUGAACGUGGUCGUCUUGGCUGGAAGAGCGUUGGUAUUGGCGCUGGUAUCAUCGCUGGCGUUAGUGUCAUAGAAGCAGUAUUUGGACGAUACCUCUACAAGGGCAAGAAGAAGCAGUCUUGAACAAGUUUAUGGAGUUGUCUCGUUUGUUUUGUCUAAUACAUUUCACGCGUUAUGAGUUUGCGGAAUGUUAGCCAUUGGCACAGGGGGGGGGUCUCUACUCAUGAUUUUCUAUGGUUCGAGGUGUAUCUAAUGUUCUUACCCUUGCGUGAAUAAGAAGAGUUGAUAAACCACCA